AUGAGUAGCCUUCGAACAUCAUCGCCAAGGCCGUAUAUCCUCCUGGACGCCGGAGACGACACGGAGGGAGGAGGGCGCCCGCCCCUCGUACGCCAGCUCACCUACCGUUCCCCAAGGAUUCUACUUGCUUCCCCAAGGAGUGCUUCUCCAAGGAUCGAUGAGGCGAGACAGCUAGGGCUUCCCUCGCCACGGAUUGCAGAGGAGAGCCCGCAAGCGCCACUUCUCGAUGACAGGACAAUAACCAGCCGCAAGGCACCGUUUGCUCUCACCUACCGUUCGUUCAAAAGAACAAAUAGUCUGCUUGCUUCCUCAAGCCCAAGGGUUGCUUCCACAAACCCGGGGAUUCGGUCGCCAAGGAUUGAUGAGGAGAGCUUGAUAUCGCAGAGGAUUGCAGAGGAGAGCCUGCAAGCACCGCCUCUUCUCACUGACAAGAAAGUAACCAGUAGCAGCAAGGCGCCGUUUGUAGUACUAGGGUUCGAGUGCCUGGAGAGCACGGCGUUCAAUGGCAUCUCCACGAACCUGGUGGUGUACCUGGAUACCGUCCUCCACGGCAGCAACCUCGGCAGCGCGUCCAACGUCGCCACCUGGUUCGGGACCAGCUACCUCACGCCCAUCUUCGGGGCCAUCGUCGCCGACACCUACUGGGGCAACUACAACACCAUCCUCGUCUCCCUCGCCGUCUACCUCCUCGGCAUGCUGCUCGUCACCUUCUCCGCCUUCCUGCCGCCCGAGGUCUCGUCCGCGUUCGUCAGCACCAAGACGCUCGCGUUCGUGGGGCUCUACCUGGUGGCCAUCGGGAGCGGCGGCGUGCGGUCCUCUCUCCUACCGUUCGGCGCCGAGCAGUUCGACGACACCAUCGCCGAGGACCGGGAGGACAAGGCCUCCUUCUUCAGCUGGUUCUACCUCUGCGUCGACUUCGGCCCCAUCGUGUCCGGCCUUUUCAUCGUCUGGAUCCAGCUCAACGUCAGCUGGGGCCUCGGCUUCGCCAUCUCCACAGCGUGCAUCGCGCUCGCCUGCGCCGCCUUCCUACUCGCCACGCCCAUGUACAAGCGCAGCAUGCCCACCGGCACGCCGCUCAAGAGCCUCUGCCAGGUGCUCGUCGCCGCCUGCAGGAAGGCCAGCCUCAAGCUCCCCUCCGACGCCGCCCUUCUCUACGAGGCCAGCGACGACAACAAGGAUGAUAAUUGUUACCAGCUGCCGCCCAGGAUCGCGCACACCGGCGAGUUUAGGUUUCUCGACAAGGCGGCCAUCUUCUCGGACCUCGACGUCGCCCUGGUCGAGGGAACGUCGUGGAAGCUCUGCACCGUCACGCAGGUGGAGGAGCUCAAGAUUCUCCUGCGGCUCCUGCCGGUGUGGACCACCAGCAUCAUCUUCUCGGCGGCAUACUCCCAGAUGAACACCACCUUCAUCCAGCAGGGCAGCGCCAUGGACAUGAACAUCUUCUCCCUGUCCAUACCGGCCGCGUCGCUGAGCUCCUUCGAGGUGCUCUGCGUCCUCGCCUGGGUGGUCCUCUACGGCAAGGUGAUCGUGCCCGCGCUCGGCGCCUUCUACUCGGGCGGCAACGGGGAGCCGUCGCAGCUGCAGCGGAUGGGGGCCGGCCGCGUCCUCAUGGCGCUCUCCAUGGCGCUCGCCGCGGUCGUCGAGAAGAGCCGACUCGCCAGCGUCGCGCGAGGAGAGCUCAUCGGCAUCGCGUGGCAGCUACCGCAGUACUUCUUCCUCGCCGGCGGGGAGGUGUUCUGCUACAUUGCCCAGCUCGAGUUCUUCUACGGCGAGGCGCCCGACACCAUGAAGAGCAUGUGCACGUCGCUCGCGCUCCUCACCAUCGCGCUCGGAAGCUACCUGAGCUCGCUCAUAUACGCGGUCAUUGCUCUCUUCACAGCCACCGCCGACAGCCCCGGCUGGAUCGCCGACGACCUCAACGAGGGGCACCUCGACUACUUUUUCUGGAUAAUGGCCGCCAUUUCCAUACUCAACUUCCUCGUGUACAGCGCAUUUGCCAAGAACUACAAGCUCAAGAUGGUCCUCUCGUGAUAUUGUUUGGUGAUUCUCGAUUUUUGGCCUUUCAUACUUAAUAUGAGAUUACACCGCACAACGGCGUGUAUUUUAAUCGACCAAGCUUGUACA